AUGUUAUUAAUUCUGAUCAUAUUUUCUGCUCUGAAUUUUUCCUUUGCAGACAAAAAGUGUUAUGCUUUAUCAAUAGAAGGAGGUGGUAGUCACGGAGCAUUUGAAGCUGGGGCAUUAUGACAACUUAUAAAUUCUCUUCCUCCGGAUGAAGUUUUGUACAAUGUAGUGACUGGAAUUUCAACUGGAGCUUUGAAUGCUGCAGGAGUAUCAUUUUUCCCAAUAGGUAGUGAAAAAGAAAUGGCUGAUUUUGUAGUUCAAACAUGGCUCAAUAUUAAUAAUAGCUCAACAAUCUUCGAAGAAUGAAAUGAUGGAAUCAUAGGAGGUCUUUUCUUUGGGAGAGCUAAAAAACUAAGUUUAAAAUUUAUUAAUAUUUUUAUAACAAGAAUCUAACAUUUAUUUGAGAAAAAUUAAGCGAACUCCAUCCUUCAUUGACUAUUCCAUUGAAAUUCUUUUAAAAUCCGUAAAAUUACUAAUAUCUUUGUUAAUUAGAAAGGUAAGUGUUUUGUAGUAUAAUCAUUCCUAAGUUAUUUAUAGCUGCUUGAUCAUAUUUUAAAUAAUUUAAUUCAUAUCCCUAAUAUAAACAGGAAUUUAUAUAAAAAAAAUUUAUAUAUAAUAAGCAAGAGAGUUAAUAGAUUAAUAUGAUAGAUUUAGCUUCGAUUUAUCGCUUUAAACAUGAAUCCAAAUAAAUUUGAUUAUAAAAUACAUAAACAGAAAUAAAUCCCUUCAAUAAUAAUUAUAUGUCAUAAGCUCAUAAUCUAGUGUUGAUUGCACUAUCUCUGUUUGCCCUAAAUAUAUCAUGCUUAAUUUUUUUAAUCAAGCAGUGAGAGUUAAAGUAUAUAAGAUAUGGCUAAGCGGUUAAAAACCACGCUAGAUUUGCUCAGGAACAAUUAUACUAUAAAAGCGCUCAUCUCUCUUAUUAACAAAUAUAUUAUUAAUUUUUAGAUAAAAUUAGGUAACCGAAAAUUUUUGUUUUUAAAAAUUUAUAUAUAUAUAAGUUUUAUAUACAAUUACAGUUAACUAGCUCCUUUAAUGCCUUGAGCAAAUUGUGGAUUUUGCAAGGCAUGUGGAGUAAUCCUUCAUGCUAAAAAAUUCCAUAUGUGAAGUUUCCAUAUAUAUGUAAUACUACAGAUAUGGAAUUUCUUGGCAUGUGAAGGAUUAUUCCAGAUCUUUGAACAAUCCAUAAUUUGUGAAUGCAGAUAACAUUAUCUGUUGCAAAAUUUCUUACUGCUCAACAGAAAAUAAUAUGAUUUAUAGCAUAUUCGCAAGUAUAUUUAUGCUUUAUAUAUUAUUACUUGCGCUAUCGCUAAAAAAAGUUUAUGGAAAAUAUGCUUAAUUUCAUAUUAAUAAAAAUGAAUAGUCUCUUUUUCUAAAAAAUUUUUAUAUUCCAUCCUAUGAUAAAGCAAUGGCGGACGAUUUUAUAAGAACGAAGAGAGUUAAUAUAUUUUUAGCUUUCCCCAUUUCUUUCAUUCUGGUUUGUAUAAUAAUGCGCCAUUAAAAAAAUUUGUGAAAGAAAGGUCACAACGUGGAAUACAUAGAAAUAUUACUGUCGGAUCCACUAAUUUAGAUACUGGACUAUAUGGACAAUUUAAUGAGUCUUUAGGCAAUGAAAAUAUGACCACAGCAAUUUUAUGCUCAGCUGACCCUCCUGCAUAUUUUCCACCAACAUGGUUUCAAGGACAUAAUUGAGCAGAUGGAGGGUGCAUUAUCAAUUUAGAUGUCUUUGCUGCUGUAAAUCGAUGCUUAGAUAUUGUAAGUAAUCAAAGUGACAUUAUUGUUGACCUUCUGUUUGACACACCUGAUGAAGGACUAACAGAAGUAUAUAAUUUUACAACUUUAUCAGUAAUAAGUAGAAUUCGGGAAAUUAAAGCUUCAGACACAAAUUUAUGGUUUUUAUAUAAUGCUGUUAAUGCAUGGCCAGAUGUGAAUUUCCGAUAUAUUAAAUUCGGGUAUAUUAGUUAAGGUAAUAAGUAAACAGAAAUAGUCUACUUUUAAAAUAUAUUUAACAACCCCAAAUUUAUAAAAAUUAAUGAAAUACAUAAUAUAUUGCCAAGUCAAAAAAUGCCAGGAGGAUAUGUACCAUUGGAUUUUGAUCGAAAAGUAAUUGAAUGGGAAAUUGAGCUUGGCAAAAAUGACACUAAAAAAGCUUUGGGUUCUCUAAAAAGCGGUAAAGAAAGCUUAAAAGAUAGGUUUAAAAAGAAAGACAAUAUUAUAUAUCCAUAA